GUUGUCGUUUUUGGUUACGUGAUGACAAUGAGAACAAAAACCCCGAAACAUGCAAGUGCCACAACCAAUUCUAAUUGAACAGAAACAUGAGUAAGAGUUCUAUUACAACUACUAUUUAAUUAAUUUGAUUACUACAGUAUAAACAAGUCGAUUCCUACUCAAGUUCUAAAACAAACUAAUUAUUAUAUAUAAUACCAAUAUAUGGUAUAAUAAUAUCUUCACGCACAAAUUCAUCGCCGAUAGCAGAGACACAUUAUUUCAUCCUCAGCAGCUAGCUAGCCCUAAUUUUCUCUGUUGAAGUAGGCAACAUGAAGUCUGAAUGCUUUUCUUGGAUCACUCAAAUUCUCAACAAAAUUAGAGGCAACAAUGAUGAUUACUUUGCAUAUGAGGACGAAACAUCAAUCCUAUUAAAGAAGCGCCCUCUUCUUCUCCAACCUCCCAAACCCCAGCCGCGCCGCCGCCGACCCCCGAUCCUCCGCUACUUCUGCCCUAAAAAUCUCCGCCUCUACAUCAUCGACGGCGACUCGGAGAAGGAGUGCAAGCUUCCCGGCGGCGGAUUCAAAAACGCCACUUUCGUCGCAAGUUGCAACGGAUUAGUCCUUCUAUCCUCCACCCACCGCGAUCGCAUUCAAUACGGCGUCUUCAAUCCUCUUUCCGACGAAGCAAUCACCAUAAUUCAACCACCUGCAGGCAUCCCCACGCCUCAGCCCUGCGCCUUCUUCUUCCACCCUGGCGCGAAGGAGCAUCGAAUUCUCGCAGUGGGGGGGAAAAGAGAUCCGGAUCUCGGCUACGAGUACCAGAUCUACUCGUUCCAAACCCGAAGAUGGAGGCCAAUCGCGAAUCCCUACUUCCGAUUCCGCCCUUGGAAAUCCGAAUUAGAUUCCGUCGACGGCAGCCCCGCGGCGGCCAACGGCGCGCUGCAUUGGUACACCGGCGUGAUCACGGUGUUCGACGUGAUGAGCGAGGAGUUGACGGUGAAGGUUCUCCCCUUCGUGGACUACCUGCUGAAGCUGGUGUACUUCAACGGAUACCUGGUGACGAGAGGGGAGGAGGAGGAGCUGUGCUUCUGCGUGGUGGGGCGGCGGGAGGCGGCGGUGGAGGUGUGGGUGUUGGAGGAUUACGGGAAGUGGAGGUGGUGCAGGAAGUGGAAGAUCGAUCUGAGCUGGGAUGCGAGCAAGUAUCCUGUGAUGGAGCCGAGGUGCGUAACGGCUAGUUAUCAUGUGGUGAGAGUGGUGGGGUUUGAGAAGGAUGAGGUGGUGCUGUUUUGGAGGCAUAGAGGGCUGUUUGUUUAUAAUCUCAACUUCCGUAGUGUUGAGAGGGUUUGGAUGAAGAAGCAGGAGAUGUCUAAGGACUACUGUCGCCAAAUUUAUUAUGAUCAUUAUUGUGGUUUUGCACCUUAUAAUGUGGCAAGGGAUUAACCCUAACUAGAUGAUCAA